AUGGGAAGCAUAUUGGAGGAGGCAAUUCUGGAGGUGCGCGAAACGCCUCUCGAGAGUCGACCACGUCUCCCCCGCAUACCCCUAAAUAAGCGGAGUCGGUCUGUCGUGAGGUCUCUUAACCCGAUGCUGGCAACCUAUUUGGAAGCUAGCCGGGACCUUUGCGAUACGGACUCAAUUCUCUUUGGCGCUGCACUGGCAGUAUGCCGAAUCGUUGGCGCCAAACUUCCCAAGGCUGGACGUGCUACCAGACCAGGUAGCACUAUCCCAGCAUGGAGAAGAAGAAUUGAGGACCGUAUCGCAAAGGUAAGGGCCAUCAUCGGCAGGCUGAUAAGCUUCAGGUCGGGCAAUAAUAGGCCCAGAAUUGUGCGCACCGUUAGGAUGUCGUUCGCUGGGACCAACAUAAACUUGUCCCAGCCGGACAUUACGCAAAAACUAACGGAGCGCAUAGAUGACCUGAAGCAGAGGAUCACUGCUUGGGGGAAGCGGAUUCGGAGAUAUUCCGAGAGGACGGCGCGGUUUAGCCAGAAUCGCCUCUUCCAGAGUGACCAAAAGAGGCUCUACAAAUCUUUGGAGCGACCAAUGAGUUGUGGAACGGGCCAAGGACCGGACCAGGCAGACACUGUCGCCUUCUGGCGCAGCCUGUGGUCAGAGCCCGUAGACCACAGUGAGGGCCCUUGGACACAAGUCGUGGCGAGCCAAUGUGCAGACAUUACACCCAUGGACCCCGUCGUCAUAACACCCGACGACGUAUCCGAAGCAGUCCGUAGAGCCCCGAACUGGAAAAGUCCGGGACUCGAUGGGCUGCAUCACUACUGGCUGAAGGGGUUCGUGGUGUGUCAUGCUGUGCUCGCCCGACAGUUCCAAGAGGCUCUCGAUCAGAGAAUGGAUGUCGGGGCGGCGGUCGUGGAACCAAGGAACCGCUUCUCAUCGACGCGGUCAUUGGUAAAAUGGUUAAACGCAACCGUCGGACCCUCUCCGCCGCCUGGA